AAGAAAUCAACUACGACUUAAAUUAGGCUCUUUUCGGUAGAGAAAUAUAUUGGUCAUGGCGGAUUCACAAUAUACAGUUUACAGCAGCAGUACUCAGCCAAUUGGGUACAGUGCUUCUUACGGGAACUACGGAACUGAUCCAAGUUAUGCCCAAGGAACUUAUGGUCAGUCCAGUGUAGGAUAUAGUCAGCAGCAACCUCAACAACAAGCCUGGGGUGGAAGUACAGCUAGUACAGCUACAAGCAGUUACACUGGAUACAGUCAGGAUUAUACUCAACAGCCUGCUCAGACAACAUCGUAUAAUAUAUAUAGUCAGCAACCAGGUUCAACUUAUGGCCCAGCAUCUGGUCAAGUGGAUGCAUAUUCUAGCUAUGGAGCUACAACAGCAAGUUAUGGACAAGGAUCCACUACUUACAGUACUACACAACCAUCAGCCUAUGUGCAACCACCUGCUGGCCAACAAACCUAUACUUCUCAGAACACUUACGGCAUCAGUCAGCCACCAUAUGGAACAACCACAUCAUAUGGUUCUUAUAGCUCUGUCCCUACAACAACUUACGGACAGCAGCCAACUUACAGCAGUCAACCACCACCUCAGGCACAGCCUGUAGCAGCCCCAAAUUAUGGCUUGACUCCUGCCCCACCCCCACCUGUUCCUGCACCCCCAACUCAACAGCCACCACCACAGGGAGUUCCCCCACCUGUUCAGGAUUUUUCAAGACCUCCAGCACCUGCUACUUACUCUCCUGGACCAAGUGGCAUUCCCCCUUCUGCACCUCUUCUUCAAAGUGGACCAGUGAGUCCACCACAGAGACCAGGAGCUGGGGGAUAUGGCCCACCAUUACGUGGAGGCUUUACAGGUCAAGGAAAUCCUGGAGGAUUUGGAGAUCAUGGAAGACCAGGGUUUGGUAAUCCAGGGCCUGCUGGAAGGGGCGGUUUCAACAAAGGAAGAGGAGGAUUUAACCCUAUGAAUGGAGGAGGAUAUGGAGGACCAGAAGCGGAGCUCAUGGUGGACACCAUCUUUGUUAGUGGAUUGCCAGAGGAUGUUACAGAACAGCAGUUGGCUGAGCAUUUUGGAUGUAUAGGUCUGAUUAAGAUGGACAGACGAACUGGAAAGCCUAAGAUCUGGAUUUAUAAGGAUAAAAUGAGUGGUAGAGGGAAAGGUGAAGCUACCAUCACUUAUGAUGACCCUCCUACAGCCACGUCUGCUAUAUCCUGGUUCAGUGGAAAAGAUUUUCUUGGCAAGAUUAUCAAAGUAGAGCUAGCUGAGAGAAAACCUCAGUCGUUUGGUAUGCCUGGUCGGGGUGGCGGCAGUGGUGGUGGUGGUGGCGGCGGCAGUGGUAUGCGUGGAGGAAGAGGUGGUCGUGGUGGUGGGGGUAGUGGUAUGGGAGAUGGUGGACCUCCAAUGCCUGGUGGUAGAGAUGGAGACUGGCAGUGUCAAAAUCCCUCAUGUGGGAACAACAACUUUGCUUGGCGAGAUAUAUGCAACCGUUGCAGAGCUCCACGAGGACCAGGAAGUCCAAUGUCUGAUGGUCCUGGAGGGCCACCGCCACGAGGUGGACCUCGAGGAGGCAUGAGAGGCCGUGGUGAGAGGGGCAGAGGAGGACUUGGUCGUGGGGGGCCACCUAUGGGAGGACGGGGUUUUGGACGAGGAGGUCCUGGACGGGGUGGACCAAUGAGAGGUGGAGGACCUGGGGAUAGAGGUGACAGAAGAUCAAGACCUUACUGAGGGCCUUAAUUUUUUUUGUGACAGGCCUGUGAAGAUGGAAAUCAUUUGAGCAGUAGUCAUCCCUUCACUCUUAUCCUUGGAAGAUUUGUCAUAAAUAUGAAAUUUUUCUGUGGUGUAUGUUUGUGUAAAGUGUCAGUGUUUCAACAAUGUGGAGACUUAAAUGUAAUCUUUUAUGGAAAAUAUAAACAUUUUCACCACCACAUUUUUGUUAUUUUGGAUUUGGUGAAUGUGGCUAUAGACAACUAUUGUAAGAUAUCUUUUAUUGUUACUUUCAAUAAAGCAGAAUACAUAUAGGCAUGUGAAA